UUUUUUUUAACAUUUACUUGAACUACAUCAUUUAUUCCUUGCUCAAGACAGAGGUACUUAUAACGGAAAGUUAAAAUGAAGAAAAUUAUUCUUUAAGCACGGCAACCUUGAUUCCUUUAAGUAACAGGUGGAAGAAGUGUUCUCCGCCAAAGUAAAUAUCAUGAGCAGUAAUUUCGGUUUAAUUGUUAGCAAUGUACCGUUACGCCCCCUUUAUCGUCAAUUGAAAUAAAAUUAAUUUCACGUGUAUCUUUCUCGAGUUCGGAAGAACACCCCUUUAAUACGAGAAAAAAGUAUAACAACAGAGCAAGGAGACCCGGAGAUAACACCGCGAUCUAAACUUCCGUGCGGCCGGAUGUUAAACCACGAAGAUGAGACUUUAAGGGGAUUUCAAAUGCAAAUUAUGUUAGUGAGGGAUUAAUAUCUUUAAUCCACAAUAGCUUAAGGUGCUGUGGAGAGGGUGAAAUCGUAGGAUGCAGAGUCUCUACCCGUCACCGUCUCAGUUCUUUUAACCUGGACUCCAUUCACACGGCGCUAAGCAGGUGUAAACACUUGAAAAAUAUGACUUUAAGUUUACAUACGGCAUAGAUUUUACAAUGUGCAAGAGCUGCAUAGAGUCGAUUUAUAUCCACUCAGACACUCGUUUUGUCCAUUAUUAGAGUGUUCUCCGAUGAUACAUCGUUCUUCAACAAGACCACGUGACGUAGGUGUAAUAGUCAAGCGGGAGUAACAAAGAAGAAUUAUUUUUCCCUAUCAUCUUAAGGAUACAAUACCUGCAAUUGUGUGGAAUUUGAAUGAAAACGAAAAUUAAUAGUAUAUUCUGAAUUAAAUUCAGGUGAAUUCCACGUCCAGUGGACAGUUUACAAUGAGAUGGCCGACGGGUAAACCACCUAAACCAACUAUCUCUAUGAAGUGAAAGUUUUUUUCCCAUGCAGAUGUAAUUAAUAGUUUUCCACAUCUUCAGCUGAAUAAAAACUUUUGGAAUUCACGCUUGGAUUUUAUUGCUAGAAUUAAAAUGCUAAUUUAGAGAAAUCAAUACUGUCACAUGGUGUUUAUUUCAUUUGUUACAAGACACUGGAGAUAUUGCAUGUGAUAUUCGCUAGCACACUGACUGACUGGAAUCGGUGAGAGGGAGGUACACUUAUAUCUUAGGAUGAUUUCUUUCAAAAUUUAUGAAAAUAACUCUAAGGUCACGUAGAGCAUUACCGGUAUCUAUUUCUCGGACUACCCGUACCAGAUUUCCUGUGACGGAAAUAUUUUCAGGAUCUUACUUUUAUACUCCAUCAACGACCCGGUAGACUUAAGGUUUAAUAGUGAAAGCUUUGAGAGCAAUGAUCGACAGAACUAUGUGACAUGACCCUCAGAUGAAGAGUUCCGAGAGAGAAAAUAAUGACGGUGAUUUCUGAGGUACCACAUACCUCCGGAUAUGCUACUUUCUAAAUCGAUGUUACUUUAAGCAAAACUCAAAAUGGAUUUUGAAGUUUGGAUUUUACAGCUGUUUUUUGUUUUGACGUCGGCCGGCCAGAUUCUUGUGAGCAAAAAAGAAUUAUCGGUGAACAUCGGACGGAGUGUUUUCCUCCGGAAAGACGACCUGUUGUUUGUGGACACUAAAAAGAGCGAGUGCCGAGUGGAAGUUGACCAGAAUGAUCCUAUCACACAGCGGGUUGGCCGAAUGGAGCCGACGAUGUUCGACUGUUCAUUCCAACCUAACACCAUCCAAUACAUACACAGUGGGUCACCUUUAUUAAACAGCGACAAAGUGAAGUUACGUGUGUAUAGAUUUACUGACACUUCCACUACUUUCCAAAUUUUCCAUAUGGACGUUAAAAUCGCCAACAGAUCACAUGAUAUUGUGGUCACGCGGGGACUUCGUCCCGUUGUUGUUCCUGAAUUCAACGGCUUAUCAAAUCCAAUAGAUUCUUCUGUGAUACGUUUUUACUUCAGCGGAAAGAACAAUGUCUCUUGUACCGUAGGUUUUUCUUCACUCCAAUCUCUUUGGCCAAUUGCCGGACGGAUUGUUGUUGGAGAGAAGAAAACAGCAGUUGACACGAUGAGGAAAUCGUGUAGGGACUUUCUGUACAGUAAAUUAUAUUACCAACACAUUCGAUCUCCGAAUCCAGACGUGGAUUACCUCCCUUUGAAAGUUGAGUUGCACGAUCCAGGCGUCAGUGAUGAUGUCACUAUUGAACGAUUCUACCUCCCCAUUCAUAUCAAGGGCGCUCUUCCUAACUCGCCUCCAAGGUCCUCCUUUAUGAGCAUAUACAUGAUGGAUGUUCAACAAUUCGUGCUUUCAACGCUUCUCCCAGGUGUAAUAUCAGCCGAAGAUUACGAAACAAACUCCAAAGAUUUAGUGUACAAUAUUACCAAUCUGCCAAAUGGGAAUGGUGGCUAUUUCGUACAUUUAAACGACCACACCGUCCCCAUAGACUCCUUCAUACAAGAGGACCUUGAUCAUCAUAGAAUUGCCUAUCAGCCUCCAAGUACAAGCCUAUCAGAACGGCGUGUCUAUGAAGCAAAGUUUACUGUCUUUGAUAGUCAUUUUGCAUUUAGUCUGCCAAUUGUUCUACACAUUGCAGUUCGACCGUCUGCUACAAAUGCACCAAGAGUUGCAAUUAAUAAAGGCUUGGUCCUGCUAGAAGGUCAAUCGAGAGCGAUAAAAACUGAUGAACUCAACAUACUGGAUCCCGACAAUGCCAAUUCUGUAAAUCUUUACGUACUUGGCGGUCUAAAAUAUGGACGAUUGUUGAAGAAUAAAAGGUCUACGAUUGCAAUGACGUUAGAGGAUCUCCGUAAAGGACUUGUAUCCUAUAAACAUGAUGACAGCGACUCUACCAAAGAUAACAUCAAAUUCAGAAUAAGUGAUGGAGUGAAUACGAUUAUGAUCACUUUCUCCAUCAUAAUCAUUCCGAAGGACGAUUCGUCGCCAUAUCUUAUUAACAAUAUUGGAUUGGAGCUCAACGAAGGAGACACAAAACGAAUAUCCACAAUCAUGCUCCAAGCACACGAUACAGAUUCUCUCGAUGAAAAUAUAAUGUAUGUUAUCACCCAGCCCCCAUCAGCCGGGGAAAUAAUUAAGAAAACAUCACAAGGAGAUACGGGGACGCGGAUUAGUAAAUUUCACCAAAGAAACAUUAGAAGAGGACAAAUAUUCUACCGACAUUUCGGUAACGAAGUGUUUAAGGAUUCCUUUGUGUUUAAGCUCCGGGAUCAUCAAGACCCCCCUAACAAAUCUGAAGACAAGACUUUCCAUAUCAUAAUCAAUCCUGUGUAUGAAAAUCCACCCCAACUGGCACCUAAAGCUACCAGAUUAGUACAUGUACCUGAAACAGAUAUUACCUACAUCACAAAAGACGAACUUCAAUACACAGACAUAGAAACAGACGACAACAAAUUAACAUACACGAUUUCAUCUCCUCCAUACUUCGUUUAUAACGCAGGGUAUGAGGAAGCUGGAAGAAUUAUCGCCACGCAUAACUACUCAUCGGUUACCAAGAAUGCCUCCAUUCCAGCAAUAACUACCUUCAAGCAGGAAGAUAUUAACCAUAUGAAAAUCGCUUACAUGCCACCUUUAGCUGACAUAGGUCCUGAAUCACGCCUUGUAAGGUUUGUAUACACAGUACAAGAUUCUAGCGGAAACCAAGUGCUAGGACAGUAUUUCGAAAUAGACGUUCAACCAGUCAAUGAUAAACCCCCAUCGUUCCUAGUUAGUAAACUGCUGGUGGAAGAGGGUGGUAUUCUUGGAAUUUCAAAUCUACAGCUAACGGCCACUGAUGAAGACACAAAUCCUGGCGAUUUAGUAUUCAUUCUGGAUGAAACUCCAAAGUAUGGUGUAGUACAGAAAAAUGGCAUGGCUUUGGUAAAGAAAGGAGAAUUCAAGAUCGACGACUUGCGACGGAACGAUAUCAGGUAUGUUCACGAUGGUGCAGAAGUUCUGUUAGAUUCGUUCACUCUAACUGUCAGUGAUGGAAUCAACCGAGCUACAAAGGUUGUGGACGUAGACAUAGUUCCAAUGGACGAUAAAGCUCCUUCACUAAAAAGUAAUCUUCGCCCACGACUUAUUGUUUCAGAAGGUAGCGAUGCGAUUGUUACAUCAUCAGUUUUGGCGGCAACAGAUGAUGAUACGGAUGAUAGUCAUUUGAUCUUCCUGAUUGUGAAACAGCCUAAAUAUGGAAUUAUGCAACUGGUGGAUCAGCCAGUGACUAAGUUCACACAAAAAGACGUGAAUGGCAACAAAGUAAAGUACAUUCACACUGGGGGAGAGGUUGGAAACAAUAUAAUUAGAGACUCGGUGACUUUCAUUGUCUCAGAUCAGAACUAUAUGGCGACAGGUGACUUGCCUGUUUAUGACUUGAAUAUCACAAUUACCCCCGUGGACAACACCAAACCAGCUAUUAUCAAAGGACAAGGAUUGCUAGUGAAUGAGGGAGGAUCGGUUACCCUAACACCUGAUGCUGUCACUGCUAAAGACCCCGACACAGACCCAGAAGAAAUUAGAUUUGUCAUUACAAAACAACCACAAUGGGGAUAUCUCGAAAAUUCAAAACCACUGAAAGGUUCUGAAAAGUCUAGGUCGGGAAUUCGAAUUACAACAUUCAAACUUCAAGACAUUAUCGACAAAACAAUAAAUUAUGUUCAGGCCAAUCAUAAAGGAGUAGAACCAAUCUAUGAUGAAGUGGAAUUUUAUGCAACAGAUGGAAAACAAAGGUCAGCUGAUGUACCACUUGGCUUUAGAAUAACACCGCAAAACGACGAAGAGCCCGAUGUUAUGCUCCAAGAUUUUUCAGUAGAUGAGGGAGCUUUUAAAAUCAUUGACCAGUUGAUUAUUGAUGCUAUUGAUAUGGACGUUCCAAAAGAGCAGUUAACUUUAUCGAUUUCUCAGGCCCCAGAUCAUGGUGACAUUGUGUUAAUGCUACAAACUGAAAAUGGAGAUGUUGAAGUUGCAGUUCAUGAUUUCACGGUUGAUGAACUUCACAAAGGCAUGAAGCUUAAGUACAAACACGACAAUAGCGAACACUUUAGGGACAAAUUUGCUCUUACAGUAUCCGAUGGAAGACACGAAGUUAAGAAACUCUGCAAUAUUUCAGUUAGAGCAAUGAAUGAUGAGGGACCGGAAGUUACAAAGAACGCUGGACUGCAACUGGAAUAUGGAGACUUUUCAAUGAUAUCAAGUGCAUCACUGCAAUCCUCUGAUCCAGAUAACAGCGACUAUGAAGUAAUAUACAUUUUGAUGUCAGUGCCCAAAAAAGGUUCAUUGCAAUUUUGUACAGAUCCCUUCUCACCAACACGUAUCUCGGAAUGUAGAGACUUACUAGUUGGUGAUAAUUUCACCCAACAUGACAUAGACAUGAACAGAGUACGAUACAUCCACACGACAAGCAUGGGUAAUACAGAGGCGGAUAGUUUUGUGUUCUUGUUAACUGAUGGAACCAAUAGGAGGCAUGUGGAAACAUUUGAAAUUAGAAUAAGGAACUCGAAAAAGAGCAACUUAGCGGUUCUAAACAAAGGAUUGCAAGUAAGAGAAGGUGAAAGAACCUCACUUUCCACUAAUAACUUAAGUGCAUCUGAUGAAAGUACAAAAGCAGAUGAAAUUGUUUUCGCAAUAACACAGAGAACACGUUUUGGACAAAUUGAAUUUAUCGACAGACCUUUGAUUAGCAUCAACAGUUUUACACAGCUGGAUAUUGCCUCCCGAAAGGUUGUAUAUAACAACUUAAACAAGGGUGACAACACCGAGGACUCCUUCAAGUUUACUGUGACCAAUGGACUCAGUCAAGCCAAAGAUGGCGAAUUCAGAAUUUCAAUCGAACCUUUAGACCGCAUCCUUCCAUCUCUGAGAGUAAACAGUCUGAUUGAAGUCACACAAGGAGGCGAUGUAGAGUUGUCUCGAUUGUUACUGAAGGCACAGGAUCCAGACACUGCUGACACAAAUGUGACAUUUAUUAUCGCAAAACCACCAACCUACGGUCGUCUCUAUAACAGAGGGAUCGUCAUUACCAGAUCUUUCACUCAGAGUGAUAUAAAUCUGGGGUUCAUUACCUAUGAAACAGACGGAUCUCACGCCGGUUUGGAUAAUUUCCUUUUCAAUUUAAGUGACGGAAGGCAUUCUGGUUUCUUAGUUAACGGAACCCUUCAAACUAAACCUGUUAUUUGCAGCAUUUUCAUCAAACCACUGGUAAAUGAUGCUCCAAAAUUGCUCAUUUUAAAACAGCCAGAUACCUUGGAAUUCUUUGGAAACGACCGGUACGGAUUUCGACUGACCAACAGAAACCUUAAAGCUAUUGACUCAGAUUCGACCAGUUCUCAAUUAACGUACAAUGUGAUAAAGAGACCUUUGUAUGGUCACAUUGAGAAUGUCAAAACGAAAAGGUAUGUAAGGAGAAGGUUCACACAGAAGGACCUGGACGACAGCAGUCUCCACUAUAUACUAAACCAGAGAAAGGCACAGACCAACGACAGUUUUACCUUUAGCGUGAUUGAUAGUAGAGGGAACACCCUGGACAAUCAAAGGUUUGAAAUGAAGUGGUCUAGGAUUGAAUUCUUGCGGAAACAAAUUAUUACCUGUGAGGACAUAGGAACUCUCACUAUCACCUUGAAACGGACUGGUGACCUGAACCAAAUUUCAUUUGUUGGAAUUAAGGUCAGGGACAUGUCGGCCAGUAGUGGGCUUGACUUUUUUCCUAGCUCUGCCAAACAAGUCCAGUUUAAUCCAGGUAUGGACUUGGCGACUUGGGAUAUAAGGAUCGCUGAUGACAGCUUGAUGGAGAACAGCGAAAAAUUCCAGAUCUACUUAGAAGAACCAAUUAAUGCUGUCCUGGGCAGAAAAAUUAAAAUGAACAUUCAUUUAAUCAAUACAGAAAAUGGUGAAUGUCCGCAAUACCUGGGGAUGAUCAGUAAAAAUAACAAAGAAGUUGUUGAUCUUGAGGAGACAUCCAUAGCCAGCUCAAAGAAAAAGACAGAAGCUAUCUUACCGUUCAAUACCUUCAAAGGACUUGGAACAAUCAAAGAAAAUCCUCUUGAUAAUGCUUAUAACACUGACCCCGAUUCAACACCCUCCAAAUCGUCCUUGUCAUCAUCAAAAAUAUCAAAGUCGAUCAAAAAUACUGAGUUAAAUGAAGUAUUACCAAGAAAAAAGAAACAUAGGAAGUCAAAGAAAAAGAAUCGCAAGAGAAAAAAGAAGAAAAGAAACGGGAAAACAAAGAAAUCCAAAUCUCCGAGUCAGAAGACAAAUUCUGUCUUUCCGUUGUCGUCGCCAUCUUUAAGAAUUCAGGCUCCACAAAAUUGUACCAGAACUACCAAAAAUUUGUUACACUUUGAUUCUUACUCGCAACGGAUGUACAAGUGUGAUGGAUAUAUGUGGAGGGCGUGGGAUACUGGUAGCCCAGGGGCGACGCCACGGAGCCCCAUUCCAGCCCCAUCCAUCUGUCGCAUUGGUGAUUUUUUCGAAGGACGUUGUUAUAAGUUUUUCAAGGAAAGAAAAACUUGGGAGGAAGCUAAAAAACACUGCCAAUCCAUGAAUUAUAUUUCAUCCUCUCUCACGCCAGUGCGAUCAAGAGGUCACUACCAAUACCUUAUUAAAUUAGCCGGCAAAAAUUCCUUCUGGAUCAGUUUAAAUAAUAAACGGAACUCGAAUUUAUGGGAGUUUCUUAAGGAUGGCUCAUCGAGUACACCUCUUGUUACUUUCACUAACUGGGGCAAGUACCAGCCUCGGAUACGAGGAAAGCGAGACAGACGAAACUGUGUGUUAGUAAAUAAGCGAAGGAAGUGGAAGAACAAAUCUUGUAACAAAAAUAAUAAAAGAUUCAUAUGUGAAGGAAUUCCUAAUCAAAAUUUUUCAAGUCAGCAAUCCUCUCUAGCGGACCAGCCAAAACGAUAUCGAGGCAGACGUCGGAGACGUUUUCGCUGGAGCAGUUGAGUCUAAGAACUAGUUCAGAGGACUAGUGAUUCAUGAGAUUAUCACUACUUUUCUCAUGUAGUGCAAAGAUUGUCCUUCAUUCCGCCCCAGUUACUGCCUGAGCAAGAGGCUAUUGUAUCUGAAAACAAUACUGUGAAGGUAUAUUGCCUAACUGAUAAUAUUCAGAUAUAUGCCACACACUUUGUAUGGAAAUGGAGAGUUAUAAUAACUUUUCUCAAGUUUGUAAUCAGCUGCACGUGGCAGAUGUCAUUUCGAGCAGAUUUAUUGCCUUUUGUUUAUCUUUCAUUUCGAAAGCAUAGAUAAUCCCAGAGAAGGAACUCUACAUAUUAAAGCAUAAUAAAGCCGGGUCACCUGGCCUCCAUGUUUGUGCAAUCUGAGGCAAUAAUCGCGAGAGGUAACGUGAGCUGCUCUGUUAUGUGUGUAACUUACUCUUGUUUUCAAUGUUGAUUUGUUCCAAGCCAAUGUUACUAAUUUGUACCACUAUUUGUUGGGUUUUUUUUAUCAAUUAAAUGUUAGUGCUUAGAUAUAUACGAUUGGUACUGUGUACUGAUGACUUUGUUGUGAAAUGAAAAUGUUUUCUUGGACUACAGUAAAUAUAUCUGCACCUUUGUAUGAUAACACCAUUAUCAGUAGAUUGAAGGACAUGGAUCUAGGUGUUACACACCAUAUAUGCUUGUGCAAUCAUGAUGUAGCAAAGAAAGAAAUAAUCAAAUGUCUCCCUAUAAAUGAUGUAAGUCCAUGUCAGGUGUAAAUUAUCUAUCUUACAGAAAUAACAUGGUAUAUAGUCAUGUAUAUCAAGCAUUAUAGCAUAUUUGUUAUGACAUUUUCAUAUGAAUUAUUGAAAUUAUGCUAAUCCAUUACAUUUGUUUUUUGUUACACGUUAUUAACUUCAUAUUGCAUAUUAUAUAUAUAUGUAUCUUACAUAUGGUAAAAGUAGCAUGUUUUAACUUUAUAGAAAUCCACUGUUCUUUACCAAAAGGCAAUCAGGCAUCAAGACAUUCUCUUUAUAUAUUCUAAAGAAGUUGAAACGAUUGGCUAAAUAAAUCUGCCAUUGUACCCUGCCUUUUGUCCUGCUGAGUGAUUAUAUGUCAUUAUGACCAUGGUUAUAUAAAUAUUUUUUUAUGUCAUGACAUGCUAAUAGAAAUUAAAUAUUAGAAACAAAA